GCAUCGUCGUCCUCAUCAACGCAAUAACGCCGUUUAUACAUCUAACUGUUAUUAUUUUGCUUCAUUUACAAGUUUGCGAAAAUAUCCAAUUUAUCGUUGUAUCCGAAUAAAUAUAUCCCGUAAAAGGUGAGCAUAAUAUAUUGUUAUACUAUAGUGUAUAUAUUUUAUAAGUAUAAUUUCUUCUUCUUCUUCUUCUUUUUUUUUUUUAUAGUAAUUUGAAUAUAAAAACGAACUAAAUUCAUAAAUUGUUUAAUAAACUCGUGCUUUUAUACAUACAUAUAUAUGUAUACGGUAUAUAAGUAACAGUUAGUAUAAAAAAUCUUAACAAAAUAUAUAUUAACUGUGCAUUGUAUAAUUGAUUGUAAAUUUUUACCUAUAAUUAUGCAAAAUAUACGAGUUAAAUACUACAAAACAACGUCAUUGGUAUAGAUAGUGAUAGUAAUAUUAUUAUUAUUUCGUCUUUUUUAAACGAAUUCUGAAUAAAUAAAUACAUGUUUAAGGUAUUGUCAAUAUAUUUUAUUUAUAUAUAUAUAUACGUACGCAGUGCGAUUUUAAAUAAUAAUUUUGCUAUGUCUACAUUUUUACAAAAAGAAAAUUUAAUGUUCACUUAUUUUUUUUUAUCUCGGUCAUACUAACAUAUUAGUCAAACAUUUUAUCACCCGCACCAAUUAUGGUUUUAUCUUUUUAAACUUUACUUCAGACACAAUUUUCUGAAAAUAUUUACAAGCAGAAAAAUAAAUACAUACAUAAUAUAUUUGUGGCUUGGUGUCAAAAAAAAAAAAAAACAGAAAACUUAUUACAAUAAUUAUGGAUUUAAGUUAAAUUUUUUUGAAAUUUUUUGGAAUUUAUUUCCAAUUUUCAAUUAAUAUGUUUACCAUUGGCCUUUCACUCACCAAGCCACAUGUAUCGAAUAACAAUCACUAAAAGUUUAUUAUUACUAAUAAUUAAAAUUUAAAAUAUUUUUCUAUCCCCAAUUUAAUUUAAACUUAAAAUCAGAAUAACAAUAAAAAAAAAUAGAUUUAAUGUGUACCCGAUCAACCAGAUACUGUAAAUCGUCAUUCUCAGAUAAUAUUAUCCUACGUUAAAACCUUAGAGGUUUUUAUUUAAAAAAAAAAAUGACAACCAUAAUUAAUUAAGUCAUAUUUUCGUGAUAGUAGUGGUUUUUAGAUUUGUUGCUAUUAUUUAUAAUAAUAUUAAUAUCUGCAUUUAAUUAAUACAUGCGGCUACAUAUUUAUAUAUAAUACAAUAUCUAUCGUAGGUAUCGAAAAAAAAAAAAAAAAUUCAUAAAGUAUAUAAUAAAUACUAUCGUAGCUUAAACUUUUCAAACAAAAUCUUACGAUUAGAUAUGAUUUAAAUAGAUAAUAAAUAUUUUGUUUUAUUUACAGCCACUUUAAAUAAUAUAAACCUUAAUAUUCCAAUAUUACUGCAUUGUAAUGACAUCCGUAAUUAUUUGUUGCAUUCAUAAUAUAUAAAACAAAAAUAUCGAAUUAACUCUUUAUUAUAAUAUUUAAGUAAAUACUUUAAGCUUAAGUUGUAUUUAUAUUUACUUUAUUUUUAAGUAAAUAAAAAUCUAUUUAGUACAAAAAUGGAGCUGCUGAUAGGUGAACCACUAGUGUAAGUGCGAAAUUAGGAAUGGUGUAGAAUAUACAAAAUGAUACAUCAUUAUUAACGAAAAUCGAUUAUGAGCGGAAUUCGUUUAAAGUUUCGGUAUUUUUACAAGUUUCAUACAAAUUUGAACUUUAAAUGUAUAUUUACUAAAAAAUGUCUACAUUACGAACAGAUUUCUUCUUCUUUUUUUUUUUUUACUACUAAGUACAAUUUAUUACAAAACUCGUUUUAAAUUUUCAAACAUAAUUGCUACUCGAAAAUAAUUUUAUCCACACAUAAAACCUUAACUAAAUUAACAGAAACCGAUGUUGCGUAAAUUUGCCUGUUUUUCUACGAUUUUUCCCAAAUAUUAUAACAAUUGCAAUAAAAAUAAAAAAAUGGCCAUCUCAAUCUACAAACUAUAGCCAAAUUUUCAUCCAGAAAUGGCAGAAAAUACCCCUAAAGUUGAUGAAUUUAUUAAUUUUUAUAAGUUUUGUUUUAAUUAGAGUAUCGAUUUUUAACAAUAAUUCGUCUUCAAUAUAAUAUUAUAUUCUCAAUUAAUAUGAAAGAUCAAAAUGGCAUUUUUUUUCAGAUUCUGAGUGUAGGAAGAAACUAUUAGUUUUACUAAAAACCAUAUUUUAUUUUUGAAAAACGUUUUUUUAUUUAGUAAAAAUUUUACGAUUUGUUCACACAGUACAUUCAUCGUAUGCAUCGAUGCGGAAUGUUUGCUCGAUAGCCUUUCAUUUGAAACAUUUACCGAAAAAACUCGACUCGGUAGCAAAAAUAAAACACAAUCCAUACUAUACUUCAUUCAGAAUCGUUUUUCGGUUGCAGUGAUUGUUGAAUGCAUAGACUGCAUAAACUGCUAUGUUAUAUCCUACCUUCCUAACUACCCACUAACAACAGUGAACUAUUCGUGCCCUUUAUUUAUUUAAUUAAUAAAAACCACAAGCUUAUACAUUUCGAUAAAAUCAACAAUAUUAAUUGAUGACUGGUAAAAGUACACCUUAUUUGUUAUUACUAUACUGUUUUUACAUUCACAAAUUUGUUGUUUUUUUUCUUUUAUAAUUGAAUUGUGGAACAAGUUUUCUACGUCUCUGGGGAUUAUUAAAAAGCAGUCCAAUUUUUAUCGAACAACAAUAAUAACUAAUAUGCAAACAUGUGUUAAUAUGUGUAUUAUUUUAAUCGCGAGGAACUGCAGAAUUAAAAUGUUAUUUUACCUUGUUUUAUCCCUACACAGAUAUUAUUAAUAAUAGUUAUACUUUUAUGGUAAAUUUUGUUUGUUUACGGUGGAAGUUAAAUGGGCUAGAAUUAACUUUCAUAUUUUAAAUACCACCGCAGUGACAGAUUUAUAUGUUCAAUAAACAAUUCAAUUCUAGUAUACAAUAAUAAUACGUACCUGUAUAAGAUACGGUGUAUAUUAUUUAUAAUACAAACAACAUGUAGGUAUUUUAAAUUGAAGUUAAAUCGAUUACACUCGUAACGAUAAUAAUGAUUCUAAUGAUAUUAUUGUGGACAACUUUCCAUUUACACAAAAUAUAUGUCUAUAGAUAUUAAAAUAAAAUGUAAAAAAAAAACUGAUCUGGUUUGCAGCGUCACUUCGAAAAUUUGUUAUUCCUGCACGUAUUGCUCGUCAUUAACAUGUUCUUACAGUAUACCUAUUCUCUCUUGGGAUUAUUACGUAAUCUAUGUAUAGUCUCAAAUAGCACCACUUCGAUUUUUUUUAAAUUUCACACAACAGCAUUGUAUAUAUAUAUAUUAUAUUUAUACCUAUAUUAACUUCAGUUGUUUUCGGACCACUCUAAUAAUAUUUUGAAUACACUUUAAAAAUUACCAACACUAAUAUUAGUAGUACAUAAUAUUAGUACUGCCUUCCUAUACAGUAUACGCGCAUAAUACAAACACAUUAUUUUUAAACGGCAAAUUAUUUUAAUUUGAAUAUAUAUAAACAUAUAUGCAUACAAAAUCUGUUCUCACGUGUUUUCUUAACUACAAUAGGUAGGUACCAAUGAGUGUAACCAUCAUCAUAAUUCAUAAUAUAUUAUGUUUCUAACUUUUUUUUUUUUGUUGAACUUCAAAUACCUAUACAGAAACCACAAAUAAAGUUUACAAGUUAAUUAUAAAUCAAAUUAAAUGAAAUAUUACCAAUCGUUGAAGUUAACAUAUUGCCUAAUAAUGUAAUUGAAUCUAUUUUAAUAAUGUAUUUCAGUAUUUGUAUGUAUUAUUAUAGAUAAGUAGUAAUAAUAUUAUAUUCACAAAUAUCAUACAUAUCCAAACGUAUGUAAUAUAGCCGUAUACAAAGAUUGUAAAUUAAUCACUUUCUCCGUGAUAAUUACUUUUAGAAUAAUAUAUAUAUAGAGAUUAAUUUUUAAAAUUCUCAUUUAACCAUAAGAAAAAUAGAAAAAGAAUAAUAUAAAGGAAAAAAAAAAUAGUGACCUGCCACUAUAAUACCUACGUAUUAUAUGACAGUUUACCCCUAAUACGGUUGACUAAGUCAUAUACUGGCACUCACGGAAUUGUACUUAGCAGCUAAUAAACUAAAUUGGUUUACGCCUACCGAAUGUUCUAUCGUUGUACAUAUAAAAGAAACCAAAGCACAUGUCAAUUUAAUAAAAGUUUCGAUAGGUUUUGCCACUCUAAACACAAAGUAAAAAUACAUUUGUAUAUUAUGUAAUACAAUUUGCAGUUUACAGUUUUACAAUCUUUUUAUAAUACUGUUAAAAGCUUUUUAUAUGAUUAAUACACUUUUGUUAAUUUAGCUUAUUGUUUUUUACAUAUACGUAAAUAUUCUAAUUAAGUAUAUUUGUACAAGUAAUUUAAAAUUUGAAUCUGUGUUAUAUUAUAAGUUUACCUAAGGAUUAAAAUAAAAGUAUCGAAAGAACGUGAAAUUUAAAUUUACCUAACUAGUUCUUUUUCUCGGGUCAUAAUUGUAAAGGGUUUAAUUUCAAUAAAGUAUACUUGUUAAAUAUAAAGUAAUAGUACAAUUAAAUAUUGUUCAGCCUUAAAAUCAAAAUCAGCAUUUUCAAAAUAGUUUUUAUACAUAUUAUUUGUUAAAUUGGAUUCUGAUUAAAGUGAGAAGAAAUAAUAUACUUAGGUAUCUUAAGGGUUUUAUAAGAAUGUGUUUUUUUCUCUGUGAUGACUCUUUCUAUUUUUGUGUAGAAGUACUUAAACAAGUUUAUUUGGGGGGAUGUAAAUAGAAAAUAGAUUUUAAAGUUUCUAUAUAGAAACCGGAUUUUUCAAAUAGUUGCAUUCCAAAAUGUUAUUUUUCUCAAACAUGUCGAAAUAUAGUAAAAACUCUCGAAAAAAGAAUAACUUUAAAAAUGAAUAAUUAUUGUUUGUUGUCCAAGUUAAAAAUGUAUUAACUUUGAAUAUUGAUCAAUUGUAAUUUUCAAUAGGUAACUACUUACUAUUUUUGAUCAAUAAUUUAUAGUUUCGAGGUUAUAAUAUAUAACAUAUUAUUACUUAUUUGUAUUUACGUACCUAAAAUAAUAAUUAUUGAAUACAUUAUUAUUGGGCCACUCGACAUUUAAAGAUUUAGACCGUUCGGGUCUAACCAUCCAACAUCAUAUUCAUAUAAACCUAUAUUAUCUACCUAUUUAUACUACGAUACAUUUUACACUUAUUAAACCUACCCAUAUAUUUAUUUUAUUACUUACCUACCUACCUACAACAAUAUGGUCCUACUAAAUUUUCUAUAACCGUUUUUCAGGCUUAUAUAUUCAUUUUCAAAUACAAACGUAAUUGUGUUUUACGCGAUUACACAAAAAUAAAGACUCCAAUAUGAUCAAGAGCGUAAUCUUGGUCAGUUUCUUGGUAUACGUAAUGACAUUGGCCGUACCAUGCUGUUGUUAUCCAGUGAUAUCCGAUGUGGAAAAUAUAGCGCGACCAACACGACCCAAGACUUUCGGUUCACCGGACGAAUUGCGUUCAUACUUGGAUCAGUUAGGACAAUAUCUGGCAGUAGUUUCUCGCCCCAGGUAAAUAUGUGUAUGCGUUAUUGAUGCACCCACGAUUUUAUAUAAUAUGGAAGCAUAGACACAGUUUAGAGUUUGGUUCUAAUAUAUAGUACUUAAUAUCGCUAUAUUAAUAUACCUUUAAUGAUAGGUACAAUUUAAUAGCUGAUAGAUAAAUUCAGUCUGUCGAUAGUGCUUCAUAAUCAACAAAGUAUACAACGUAUAAUGCCCAUUAGGUACACUUAUUCAUUAUUAAUAUUAUUAUAUUAAUAUUUAGUGACACCUUUUUAUGCCUUGUAGGUUACCUCUUACCUAUAAUACUUAUCAAACAAUUAUAUUUUAAAAUAUUUCAUUAUCUGUUUGAAACUUAAUAGUGACGCUUCAAUAUGAAGCAGGGAACAACUAUCAAUAUAUCUAAACGCUUUUGUUCUGAUUUAAAAUUCAAUUUAUAUUAUACGUCAAGCAUUUUUUUGAUACAGGAGAAACCGAUCUCCUUGAAAAAUAAUAUAUUAUUUCAUCUACAGUCUACAAACUAAACUUAUAGGCUAACCUAACCUAACCUAACUUAUAGUCGCCUUUACCCAAUCUUUAUUCGUAAGUAGAAACGUCCGUGUUUACAUAUAUAGAGUGAUUCACUAAACGUGUUCAUCUCAUUUUUUUUUGGUAAAUUUUGCAUAUAUUCAAAUUUUGAUUUUUGGAAUUUUUUAGUGUAGUUAAAGCUGUUACUUUCAAAUACUUAGAUUUUUCACAACAUUUAAAGAGUGUCUUGUGAUGAUAACAACUUUGGUUUUACAAAAAAGAACCUAAAUAAAAAAAAUCUAUAAAUAGAUGGAGUAUUACUUUAAAUACAUUUUCAUGUUCAAAUUUUUGAUUUCCGUCCAGUGGCGCACAGAGGUAUUUUGAGAGUACAUGCAGUAACAAAAGUUACCCACCCUCCCACCCAUUUUUUUAACGUUCUUUCUGCGUUCCACACUUAUACUCACAAAACAUUUAUUUGAAAUAUAUUAAAUUAAAUAGUUGCCCCUUAUAUAUUAUCUAUAUAGUUGUAUAUAGUCGAAGACCAUUGGGUAUAAAAACUAUAAAACAAAUUUAACAUAAUAUUUAGGUAGGUAAUUUAAAAUAACUUAAUAAACAUAUUGAAUAAUAUAACAUUAGAACAUGACAUAAAAAAAAUUACAGUGUAUGAUUUCUUUACCUAAAUAUUGGUAACAAACUUCCAUGAUUUUCAAUUUCUCUUUUUAAAGAAUGACUAUCUUCAUCAUAAUUUUCUGUUCGUAAUUCACAAUUUGAAUCAGUAGCUAUAUAUUUGUAUAUACCUAAAAUGUUCGCACGUUAUUCAUAGGCAUACUAUAUAUUCGUUAGGUUUAUAUGUAUAGGUAUGUCAGUUUAUACAACCAUACGUAUACCUACUCAAAUUAUAUAUAAUAAUAUUUUUUAAAUAUUAUAUUAUCUAUCUAUAUUUGACCGAACUGCGUGUUUUUUGUUUGUAUAAUUAUAGAUUUGGAAAAAGGAAAUCGGCUUCUCCUAUUUUACCGAUUAUAGCAAAGCCGAGAACACUGCAGCAGUACACCGAUCAACAAGCCGCGAUCAAUAACAUUUACAACCGAGACGACGACGAUUCGUACAAGUCGCAGUUUAAACCGACUGCCAUAAGAAACGCUAAGGAUUUAUACGACAUUUUGUUUUCGUCCCAUCGGGAAAACGACAUUAACAACCGUCAUCAAUACUAUGACGUUCAACCAGACACACCCAAUGUAGACAUUACAAUGGAUGCGAACUAAAAAUCAUUACGAAUGUUAUAAUUUAUUGUAGUAUAUUGAAGCACACGUUUUACUAAUAAUAAUUGAUAAUCGUAUAGUAACUGUAAUAAACGUGUAUACAGUUUGUUAGAUUUCAAUUUCAUAUUGAAUACCGAUAGUUAAUAAUAAUAAUAAUAAUAAAACAAAACGAAACACUAGUAAUAUUGUAUUUGUUAAUUAAUUAUAAUAACUA